GUCCGCCGGCCCUGAAGGGGGCGGUAAAGCAGGACCGUAAAGUAUUCAGAACAAAACCAACUCAGAAAUGGCGGCACGAAAACGAAGUAUAGUGUGGUCUUUUUUCCAGGCUGAGGACGACAAACGGGUGCUAUGUCUCCUCUGCAUGAAGACGGUUCUGUAUUUUGGUCACACGACGAACAUGCUGCGCCAUUUACGCGCGAAACACCCGAACGACUUCUCCGCCCUGGACAAGAGGAAAGCCACCGCCGUGAAAGCAGCGGCCAACAACAACAACAACAACGGCUGCGUAGAAGUUACAGUAAUGAUGGAUGAGCAACAGGUAGAGGUGCAGAACGAGGUGGGUGAGGUUGAGAUGGACGGAGCCAUAAGGGGAAUCCUGUGUGCUGCUGCAGGAGAAGGAACAACGGAGGGGGAGGUGUCUGGAUGUGAAGGAGAGGGUAAAGGUGCACAGGAGGGCAGCCCAGUGCCACUUACACCCACCACUCGCAAGUGGAGUGCGGUGUGGGUGCACUACCGGAAGGUGGAUCAGGAGAAGAAGGCUUUGUGUUUGCUCUGCAUGGAGAAGAUUCAGCACCAGAGUAGCACCAGCAACCUCAUCAGGCACCUGCAGAAUAAGCAUCCUACUGAGUAUGCACAGCUAGAAGAGCAUCCUCAGAAACGGCCCACGAAACGCAAACCCGAGGAUCCAGAUUACUGCCCCCCAAGUCCUGCUAAAAGUCGUACUGUGUCAUCAAAUCGUAAUGUCCAGUCGCCGCUUAACAGCAGCAUCGCUGACAAAUAUUCAGGUGUCGAUUGGUCCGAUGGCCGUAAAAUACUGGAGCGGGAGCGGGAGCUGACUGAAGCAUUGAGGCGCGUACAGCAGGAGGAGGGCCGAAGUUUACAGCAACAGAGGGAAUUAAUGCAGCAGAUCCGAGAGUUAGAAGCAGAGAGGCGCGCGCUCCAGAAUCAGAAACGUGAACAGGAGGAUGAACAUCACAGACUGAAGAGAGAAAAAGAGGAGCUGGAGAGCACCAAACUGGAGCUCCAGAAGGAGAGGGAAGAGUUGAAUAAGGAGAGGGAGGAUCUGUAUAAGGCGAAAGAGGAGUUUCGGAGAGAGAGGGAGGAGCUGGAGAGACUGAGGCAGGUGCUGGCUGCAGAGAAAGAGAUUCAUGGAGACAGACACAUACAGGGCCAAGUGUCUGAGUUUUACAACUGUUAAUUGAUGUAUAAAGUUGACGCAUCUCUGUGGUAACAAAAACAGAUUUCAUAUUUUUUAUUGGUGGGUUGGUGGGUGGGGGGGGGGGGUAACUUUAGUGAUAGUAGCUGAUAAGAUUUCAUCACUUUGCUGCAUUUUUCUUCUUUAAAUAAUAAUCCAUGUUAAAACGAGAAGUUAAGAAGUUGUUGGGAGAGGGUGUUCAAUGUAAAGGAUGAAUUUUGGGUUGUGUUUUUAACAAACUCAUUGUAAAUAAUCAGUGUAACUCAUUUCUCAAUACAAUGUUAUCACACA